AUGUCGCAGGAUCCCUUAGAGGAGUUUUACAUCCAGUUCCAGAAAUUUGUUCAAAACAACCCAAAUGUCAUCUCAGCGGCCCGAUCGGCUUCCCAGAUUCCAGAGUCCGCGAAGGCAGUCAUUGUGCUGUCGCCACUGUCCUUACAGCAUGUUUUCUCCAGGGAUUGGGUCUCCAAUUCGUACAGGAAGACGAUUGUAGAGAGACCGGAAAGGUUGCUUGCUGCAUCCAUGGGGGUCGCCGCUGCUAUUACUAUGUACCCAGCGCUUUUCACACUGAAGACUUCACAUAAUAGGGCUGGAUCGCUGAAUGCCCCUCAUGUUUUGAAAGUCCAUGGAUCUCGUUGGCCAAGGGAAGUCUAUAAACUGUGUAAAAGAGCGGAUGAGAAAUUGGCCAGGGGAGAGAUUGAAGUCCCGAAAGAAUGGAACGCGGGGGAUAUAUACUUGAGCUCAGCAACAUUAACUGCUUUGAGAGGUACCAUAGGGGCUCUGGAGACAGGGGUCGAUACAAUAUUCACGGGUGCGUCCCCUGAACACAUAAGUAAUAGAGUGUUUGUCGUGGUGAGACCACCGGGGCAUCAUUGUCAUGUUACUGGACCCUCCGGCUUUUGCCUGCUGAACAAUGCACAUAUUAGUAUUGAAUACGCAGCUGAUACUUACGGAGUCACCCAUGCGGCGAUCCUUGAUUUCGACUUACAUCAUGGAGACGGAACGCAGGAUAUAUGUUGGAAACGUGCUGGGUUUAAACCAGAUGGGGCCACCCGUGAGGAGAACGAGGAACCGUACGAUGAUUUUGGGAAAAGAACCGCUGCGUUCCCCAAAGUAGGGUAUUUCUCAAUGCACGAUAUAAAUUCGUUCCCCACGGAAUCAGGGUAUGCCACUUCAGAAAAUAUUAGAAAUGCAUCCACAUGUAUCAUGGAUUCUCACGAUCUGAAUAUAUGGAACGUUCAUUUAGCUCCAUGGGCCACAGAGGAAGAUUUUAUGAAACUGUACAGAUCCAAAUAUCGUACUCUAUUCGCUAAGGCAGACGAGUACUUCAAAACAGCAAGAUUAGAGAUGCAGAAGCAGGGGACACCAUUUAAGGGGCUCGUCGUCAUAAGUGCUGGGUUUGACGCCUCAGAGUUCGAACAGACUUCUAUGCAAAGGCACUCGGUGAACGUCCCCACGGAAUUCUACACACUGUUCACUAAGGACGUUUUGAAACUCGCUCAAAUGCAUACCCAAGGUAAAGUACUUUCAGUGAUGGAAGGUGGCUAUUCCGAUAAGGCAAUAACCUCGGGAGUCUUUGCUCAUUUGAUCGGGCUGCAGAACCAAGACUGGAUUAGAGAGUGGGGGUCAGAACAGGUGGUCAAAGAAAUCGUCAGAGGUUGUAAACCAAACUGGAAACCUUACAAGACCAAGCGGGCCCAAGAUGUUAUCAGAAUUUGGGCAGAGGAGGUGAUUAGGCUUGGUCGCGCCAUGAUACCCGAGUUCAAGGAAACGCUGUUUCAAGAACCCUCCAAUGGUGCAGCCACUUUACCACCAGGACAAAACACCAUUGCACAAAGACUCACAAGAGCACAAGCCUCCUCCAUACCGAAAGAGCAGAUCCAGAAACCAGAAGUUGUACAGGCUAGUAACCCAGUCAGCCACAAUGUUCCUUUCAUCGAGCAAGAUUUAUCCAGUGAUAAUGAGGAUGAGGAUUACGAAUAUGAUGAGGCGUUGAAUCAAUCAUUCAACAGAACCGUUGAAGACAUUACCAUUGACGAUAUUUCAAGACACUUGGAAACUUUGGAGAUUAUCCAGAGUGAAGACGAGGAAGAGGAACAGGCGCCGCCAAAACAAGGGACGUAUAAGUACACCACUAAAGAUCCACGCCACCCGAAUAACAACGCUUAUAAAGUACCAUCCAACACCACUACUGAAUACCUAAGACACACUCGUCGCCAAACAAAACCUAAACAGGAACCGCCCGCGUAUGAUGACAGCGACAUAUCUAUGAUAUCUUAUGUCUCGACUAGGAAACACACCACAAGAAGUGGAGAGAGCAAGUGGUAG